AUGGACCCGAAGAAGGACUCGAUCCGUCUGUCGACGUACGACGAGCUGUUCAGCUCCCCGCCGCGCGGGGGCCCCCCCGGCUCCCCGGGGGCCCCCUCGGGGCCCCCGGGGGCCCCCCUUGGGGCCCCGGGGGCCCCCUCGGGGGCCCCCCGAAGCGCGCUGAAGAAGUUCCGGAGCCUCAAGCGGAAGUCCCUGCAUGCAGGAAAAGCCACGGAACUGGUGGCCGCGCUGCAGCGGCAGCGGGUGGUGAUCGAUGAGCGAGCGAUCCACUUCGUGGCGGAGGCGCGGGCGGGCCGGCGGGCCGACGCGCGGAACUCCGUCUUCAAGUUGGCGCAGAAGUACAAAGUGCUGCCUGAGAGCGAGCGCAUGCAAAGAAUAAAACAACUUUACGGAAAAGUGCGGGAAAAUGAAGACUCCGGAGACGAAGAGUGGGACAAAGCUGCAGCAAGACUUCCUGGAAAACUUGACCCUCAGGCUUUUUGGAAGAUUCUGCACAAAGAGGACUCCAGAGAGCACUUGUUGACGGAGAUGGAGGAGAUCAACCAGGAGACUGCGGGGCUGGGGCCUGCGGUGGUUUCGCAGCAGCAGCUCACUGCAGCAGAGCAGGCGAAGGAGAUCGGGCUCAUGCUGCAGCAGAAGGAGCAGCAGCUGCAGCAGCAGCAGCAGCAGCAGCAGCAAGAGGGCGAGGAGGAGAAGGGGGAGCAGGAGGAGGAAGACAGCGAUGAGUCCGAUGUGGAGUUCGAUGACGACGACAUGAACACGCUGAAUUCGCUGCAAAGGGAAUUCGUCGGCAACAAUUUGUUCCAGUGGUUCAAAGACAUUCAAAAGGCGUACGAGAGCGGCGUGAAGCUGGUCAAAGUGAACCGAAUGGGAUACAAGUUCAUUCGCAUUGUCACAAUCAAAGAAAUGCUUCUCACCAUUCACCAGCCACACACCCACUCCCAAGCCAAAGUCGACCGCCAAGUCGCCGUCCAUUCAAUUGUUUCCGUUUCUUUGGGAAAAGACUCGAAGGAGUUCGCGGCUUUGGAGGAACUCGUCAAGGAAAAGAAAGAAGCAGCAGAAUUCAACCCGCAAGGCACUGUCUGCUGCGUGGUGAAGCUGCCAAAGAACAGGAGUCUUUCUCUUGUUUUUCUGUAA